AAACUAUACAAGUGGGUAAAGACUAGAGCCAAAAGAGGUUUAAUGCUUACAAAACUCAAAAAACAGAGUCCACAUUACAAUUUACAAGCACUUCUAGCUACAAAGUUUGUAAGCUGAUAAAGAAGACAGAGAGUGAAAGGAUGAUGGAGAAGGUGAAGGUGUAUGCAGAUCGUAUGUCCCAGCCAGCUCGAGCAGUUCUCAUAUUCUGCAGGGUUAACGGAAUUGACUUCGAGGAGAUUAAGGUUGACCUUUCCAAACGUCAGCAUCUGUCUCCUGAGUUCAGAGAAGUAAAUCCUCUGCAGAAAGUUCCAGCUAUUGCUCAUGGAACCUUAAAUCUCUCCGAGAGCCAUGCGAUCCUCGUCUAUCUUGCUUCUGCUUUUCCUGGAAUUGCUGAUCAUUGGUAUCCAACCGAUGUUUCCAGGAGAGCCAAAAUUAACUCGGUAUUGGAUUGGCAGCACUCUAAUUUACGACACGGAGCAGUGAACUAUGUGGUAAAUACUGUACUAGGACCUGCACUUGGCCGUCCACUGAAUCCAAAAGCAGCUGCUGAAGCAGAGAAAGUUUUAUCAUCUUCUUUAUCGAAACUAGAGCAUAUUUGGCUAAAUGGAGAUGGACCUUUUCUGCUUGGUGGCUUUCAACCCUCUAUAGCAGAUCUCAGCCUGGUUUGUGAACUCAUGCAACUUGAGGUUUUGGAUGAGAAGGAUCGCAAUCGUAUAUUAUCCCCAUACAAGAAAGUUCUGCGGUGGAUUGAGGAUACAAGAACUGCAACAAAUCCACACUUCGAAGAAAUGCAUAAUGUCCUUUACAGAGCUAAAAAGAAAUUCCAACAGGAGCGUUCAAGGGUAGCUAAAACUGGGACUGAGCCUAGCAACAAGUUAGGGGGGCAUUCAAAAAUGUGAAAGCCAUGCCUUCAUCUUUUUUGCCAACAAAAUCAUAGCCUUAGACUCGAGCCUUUGAUUUGGGGCUCGAGCUUUUGAAUAUGUAUUUGGAUUUCCGUUUAACUCUUGCUUCUCCAUAUUUGUGCGUGGGAUGCACUUUCCUGAUUGUGUGGGAAACCAAAUCCACUCUUAGUCUGAAUCAUCGUACCUCUUCAUGCAUGUUUGAAGACACUGGGGAAAAUCAUGGUGGGACUAAAAUCAUGGUGGACAGUUGUAAAAGCUAAGAGAAUUUGAUUAUGUCCACCGUUAAUUUAGCUA